AGCAGAUCGGGGAUAAAUAAGAGACUAAAGAUGGCGACGGUGGAGGAUUCAUGGGACAAAUUCGGAUCCAAAACUUCUCUUUGGAUUACAGAGUCCAGCGAUCCAGUCGCGCAGUGAGAGCCGCGAAACCCCGCGACACCGAGCCGAGGCCCGGUUCUGCUUCCGCGGCUCCGUUACAGGGCUUUUCUUCUCUUGCAGCAGCAGCAAAUAAAGCGGAUUUUGUACUCAGAUCGUCAGAACCGACGCCGGAUCCCGCUGAUAUGAUCCCGGACUGAAUACGAACCCGAGUCGAACUGUUGUUUGGUUCUGGUGGAUGGAGGCCUCUGGAGGGAGUCUGUCCGUCCCGGUGUCGCAGUGAUUUGGGUCGGAACCGGAUCGUGAUGUAUUUUCUGAGCGGCUGGCCGCGGAGGCUCCUCUGCCCGCUCCGGAGCAGCGAGCGGCCCUUCCUGAUCGAGCCCAGCGCGCAACGCUUCUACCUGGCGGUGCUGUCCGAGACCCAGAUCAGCAUCUGGUCCAGCCGGCCCAGCGUGUUGAUCGUCAGUUAUAUCGAGUCUGGGAAAGCAGCCGCACAGUUCGGCUUCUAUCAGCAGGUGGAAUGGAAGCCCGACGACUCCAUGAUCGCAGUGGCGGCUGCGAAUGGUUACGUCCUGCUGUUCGACAUCAUCGGAGGCACUGAUGAGAAGUACCUGUACGAGCCCGUCUAUCCCAAGAGCAGUGCUCGUGUUAAGGUGACUCCGGGUUAUAAAGAGGAACAGUGCGCUCCAGCUCUGACCUUAGAGAUGAAGAAACCCGUCGACCUGGAGGCUCCAAUCAGCUGUCUGCAGACGCUGCAGGAGGAUCUGUUAGUGGCGACAGCAGACGGUUACCUGCACAUGCUGCACUGGGACAGCGUGAGUAACGGCCGGAGAGCGGUCAACCUGUGCACCAUCCCGUUCUCCCUCGACCUGCAGUCCUCCAGAGGAGGGCCGUGUUUGGAUCUGGACGGUGUUCACAUUCGGGAUAUGGAGUAUUGCAAUACGCUGGAUGGGUUUGCUGUCGUAUUUGAUGACGGGCGACUGGGAUUCAUAACACCAACCGCAAACAGACUCGCCACAGACCAGCUGCAGGGCGUUUGGGCCGCAGACGUCUCUGAUGGCACGUGUGUCGCCGUCAACAACAAAUACAGACUCAUGGCCUUCGGAUGUGCAAGCGGGUCAGUGUUGGUGUACAUGAUUGACAGCUCCACAGGAUCGAUGCAGCUCUCUCAUAAACUGGAGUUAACCCCGAAACACUACCCAGAUAUCUGGAAUAAAACGGGGCCUGUGAAGAUGAUCCGCUGGUCUCCGGACUGCAGUGUUGCCAUGGUGACGUGGGACUGUGGCGGUCUGUCUCUGUGGAGUGUGUUUGGAGCUCAUCUCAUCUGCACACUCGGGGAGGACUUUGCCUAUCGCUCAGACGGCACUAAGAAAGAGCCUCUGAAGAUCAGCUCUAUGAGCUGGGGUGUGGAGGGAUACCAUCUGUGGGUGAUCGGCAGCACGGACCCGACUCCUGUUCCUGAUGGAGCGGAAGGAGAUGAGAAACUCCAGCAGGCCGGGAUUCUGCAGUUUCAGUUCAUCAAGAGCGCGCUGACCGUCAACCCGUGCACGAGUAAUCAGGAGCAGGUGUUGCUCCACGGGGAGGAUCGUCUGUAUCUGACCUGUGGAGACCCGACUCAGGCUCACAGUGUGCCGGAUAAGAGCCCGUCGCGGGACAGUGGUGGCAGUCCACUGCACCGGCCGUCAGCGUCCACCCCUCUCUCUCAGGGUCUCAGCACUUUACUGGGCCACAAGCACUGGCAGGUGGUUCAGAUUCACAGCACAUAUCUAGAGACAAACUGGCCCAUCAGGUUCGCAGCUAUAGACUGGUCUGGUCAGUGUGUGGCCGUAGCUGGCCGCCGUGGAAUUGCACAUUACUCCUUAUAUACCAGGAAGUGGAAACUGUUCGGUAACGUCACGCAGGAGCAGAAUAUGACGGUGACGGGAGGCCUCGCGUGGUGGAACGACUUUGUCGUUGUUGCCUGUUACAAUUUCAUUGACCGGCAGGAAGAGCUGAGGUUAUACGUGCGCUCGUCUAACCUGGAUAACGCAUUUGCCAGCGUCACUAAACUUCACGCCGACACGCUGCUGCUGAACGUGUUUCGUAACGUGGUGAUUCUGUUCCGGGCCGACUGCUCCAUCUGCCUGUACAGCAUCGAGAGACGGCACGACAGGUGAA